AUGAACUUGCUCAUGGACAGCCUGCCGUCGCAUGCGAAUCCCACCGUGCGUCGUAGAACGCCACCUCAACAGCAAACUGAGCUGCGCAUCUCCACCAGCCCCACUGCAACUGCAGCAGCAACAGCAGCUAUGACACAACAGCAACACUCUAACAACAACAAUAAUAAUGAUCCGCCCAGCGUGAAGACCACACUGAAGCGCUCCUUUGAUGUGGCCUUUCUGAUGAUGCCCGAUGAGCGCAUCAAGCAGAAGCAGGCCGAGAAGCAGGCACGCUUACAGGAGGCACUGCAGCAGCAUCAACAGCAGCCGCUCCAAUUGAAUCACUAUCCCACGGAUUUGUCCCCUCGCGCUGCUGCCUCACAGCCGCCGUCGCCGGCGGCACUGGAGUACAUUAAUCUGCUGGAGGCACGGCAACGCUAUCCACAGCUGGCCAUACGUUCGCCGAGGGUCUAUGACGAUCCCACACUGGUCAUUCCGCUGGUGGACUCGCCAGAGGCAACAGUGUCGCCGCCACCGCCUCCUAUCCGCAGCGCCUUCACCAAGGUGGCCUCAUCGCUAUCCAGCUCAUCGUCGCCCUCGACGGUGUCCCGGCUGGAAUCGCCAGUGGAUGUGAGCGCUCCACCACUUAGUCCCGAUCAGUUGAGCUGUCACUCCAUGAGUCCGCCGGUGGCCACGCCCCCACCGCGCACGAGCAGCGGCGGCGGCAGCAACAAUGCAGCACCAGUUGGGCCCAACACUUUACCCAACGGCAUGCCAACCAAUCCGAUCAUGUAUCACAACUUUCGGCCUGAGUAUCAAUUCAAUGGUGCUUUCCAGGCUGUAAAUCCCAUGCAGGCGCUUCAGGCACAGCAGCGACUCAAGCAGCAGCUGCUCUAUAGGCCACCUAUUGCGCCGAAUGGCCACAGUCCCAAUGGCUGCUCAUCGAAUCCGUCGUCGCCGCCAACGGGUCCGCCGCCGGAGUUUCUGCAUGCCUAUCCAGGAUUUGGGCCACCUCCCCAUCCGUUUGCUGUCGCUCAACCCCUGCAGAACCCCGCUGCAGCCGCCAUUCUCUCCACGCUCAUACCACCCACGCUGGCGUCCACCUUCACACUGACCGCACAGAAUGUCUGUGCCAAGUGCAACAUUAGCUUCCGCAUGACCAGCGAUCUGGUCUACCACAUGCGCUCGCACCACAAGAGCGAGGUGGCCUGCGAUCCGAAUCGGCGUAAGCGCGAGGAGAAACUGCGCUGUCCCGUCUGCCAGGAGACGUUCCGCGAACGGCAUCACCUCACUCGGCACAUGACCGCGCACCAGGACAAGGCCAGCGAUCAUCAGCCCACGUCGGAGGAGUCCAGCAACGAUAAUGAGAUUAUCAACGUGGUUGGUGGAACGCCGCCGGGACGCCGAUCAGGCGGUGGUGCCAAAUGA